AUGAGAAGAAACAAAUAUGAUAAUGAUGAUGAUGAUGAUGAUAGUAGUGGUAGUUCAAACGAUUACUUUAAAGAUGAUUUAGAUGACCAGAACAAAAAGAACAAUAGAAAAAAGAAUAAUAAGAAUAAUAAAUAUACACCUCCUACAUAUGAUAGUCAUUAUGUUAAAUAUAUACCAUUUGUAAAUAAUAUACCUGUACCAGUUAAUCCAAUACCUAAACUAGUACUUUCGGUCAUACUCGAUUUCCUUGGAUUCUUUACUCAAAUCAUACCAGUGUUUGGUAUUGCAAUGUGGCCAACAAUAAGUAGUUUUCUAAUCUAUAGAAUGUAUGGUUCAUCACUUGGUACUAUGGUUUCAUUUGUUGAAGAAACUAUACCAGGAUUGGGAUUUAUUCCAACAGCUACAGUAUGUUGGUUGGAUGAAAGAUACAAUCUAGUAGAUUAUUGUGAACGAUAUAUACCAAUGUUCAAAUAUGUUGGAGGUAUCCGUAAAACACUCAAUUCAAUCUAUAAGCUAGUCAAAUAUAUUACCUAUUCUGUCAUUGCAUUCAUUGCCUAUAAAUUAUUAUCCUAUUUUGUCCCUUCUUCCUCUCAAUAUCAUUCAUCUCCUUCAAAUUAUUCAAGAGAAGAAGAAGAAGAAGAAGAAGAAGAGAUGCAAUACGAUGAAAAUGUAGUAAAUGCAAUGCUAAUGUGCAUUAUAAGCGGUUUGUCAACUGCUAUUGGAGGAUUAUUCAUCUUGUUUAUGAAAUCACCAUCUUAUAAGUUCUUGGGAUACAUGCUUGGCUUUUCAUCUGGUGUUAUGAUCUAUAUCUCUUUUAUGGAUCUAUUACCUGAAUCUGCUGCUGAAAUAGGUUUCCUCCCUGCUAAUGGAUUUUUCUUUGCAGGUAUUAUCUUUUUCGCACUAGUAUUGAAAUUGGUACCUGAAGCAGAUGAACAUGAACAUGGUCCUUCUGAAGAAACUCAUGAACAUUCAUCUGUAGAAUCAUCAAACACUACAACUCAUACCAAUUCCUCAUCUACCACCUCGACAGUUGUAAAGAGAAAAAAUGGAGCUGAUAAAACACCUCCACAAUCUCCACCAUCUUCAGCCACAACCAAACAACAACAACAAUCAAAACAAACCAAGAAACCAAAAGAAAAAAAGAAACAAAUGUCUGAUGCAUAUUUAAAGAAUCUUGGUGUAGUCACUGCUCUUGGUAUCAGUUUACACAACUUCCCAGAGGGAGUUGCCGUCUAUCUUUCAUGUUUGAAGAGUAUGCAAGUAGGUCUUCCAUUGAUGUUGGCUAUUGCCGCCCACAACAUCCCAGAAGGUAUGGCUGUUGCCGCUCCCAUCUACACUGCCACCGGUAGUAAAUGGGUUGCAUUCAAGUACUGUUUACUCAGUGGUCUUUGCGAACCAUUUGGCGCUAUCAUCUUUGGUUUCUUUUUCCGUGACUAUAUGACUCCAUACCUCGUUCAAGCCAUGUUGGCUGCAGUCGCCGGUAUCAUGAUUUUCAUGGCCAUCAAGGAAUUAAUCCCUGCUACUCUUAAAUAUAUUGAUGUUAAUGGAGCAACCAUUUCAAACUUUGUUGGUAUGUUUGUAAUCUUUUUAAGUAUCUAUUAUUUACAUGGAAUGUUACCACAUGAUCUUUCUGAAGGUGAUGGAGGUCAUGGACAUAGUCAUGGUGGUGGUGCUCACUCUCACUCUCAUAGUCAUGGUGGUGGCGCUCAUUCUCAUGGUCAUAGCCAUGGUGGUGCUAGUGGUCACUCUCAUGCUCAACAACAAUCUUCAGUCAAUGCUUGGUAA